AUGGAAACUAACGCUCUGCAGAUGGUUCAUACUGCCCGCUAUAUUUCUGCUGCAACUUGGCUGUGCUUGUUAUCCUUCUCCUCCAUCUACUUGAUCCUCUUUCUACAGAACUUUUGGGAUCAAAUGCCUGAUGCGUUUACCUGUGAAUCAAGGCAAAAUAUCCCACUCAGUGUGACCUACAAAAGUUUCCACUGUAUGACCUUUGUGAGCUUCAUCGCUGUCCUCAUAUCUCUGAUUCUGCUAUACUGGAAGACUCAUCAAAAGCUCAGAGAAGUUCAGAUCUCUUCCCAGGUCAGCUUCGGAAGCCGAACAUUCAAGAAGUCUAAGCACAACAUGUUAGUGCUGGUGGUCAUUUUCUGCGUGUGCUUCGUUCCCUAUCAACUGGUGAAACUGCCAUACAUAUUCACCAAACCCUUGGUGCAUGACUGUACAGCAGCCCAGCCGUUCUACAUCCUGAAGGAGCUCACCAUCCUACUCACAGCACUAAACGUCUCCUUGGAUCCACUUAUUUACUUUUUCUUUUGCAAGACCUUCAGAUCCCAGUUUAAUUUUAAAGGUCAUCUACCUGUCUGUAAAUGA